CGUACUUGCGUCCAUUAUAGAGCCACUUCAUCUCCUACAGUCCCAAGAUCCCAAACCCCAUCUCCUACCUCCCAUCCCCUGUCCCGAAAUCCAGAGCGCCGCAAUGGAGGCGAGCAAGCUCAAGGCGGCCAGGCUCCUGGAGCAGAUGAGCGCCCACCUCGCCACCGACGCCGGCAAGGAGAUCUGCGACAAGGUCGGCUUCGUCUACCAGCUCCACAUCUCGCCCAAGAAGAUGGGCGUCGACGAGGAGAUCUUCGUCGUGGACCUCAAGAAGGGCGCCGUCUCCACAGGGCCGUACGCGGGGAAGCCUGACGCGAGCUUCACCUUCACGGACGACGACUUCCUCGCCAUCUCCAGCGGCAAGCUCAACCCGCAGAUGGCGUUCAUUAGGGGUAAGCUGAAGAUCAAGGGGAGCAUAAGCGCCGCGCAGAAGUUCACGCCCGACAUCUUCCCCAAGCCCUCCAAGCUGUAGAAGUCUGAAUUACCAUGCCGUGCUCAUCUGUCUGUUAAUAAAGGUUUUAGCUAUGUUUCUCGAUGGCAGCUGUGGUGUGAGCAAAGGAGGGGAUUGUUACAGUUCUAAAAAAAACGAGGGGAUUGUUGCUGGUGAGAGUUUGUUCGGACUUUGGAGUUUGUCUACCUAAACCACCACACGAACAGCAUAGUUUCAGAGUUUCAUGGUCUGGAUCAGUUCGCGUCUCACUUUACUCGAGUUCAUGGAUAGAAAAACAUAGUGGUGUAUAUUCGGAUAAUUUCUGAAGUAAAGAGAACGAGUCACCUUUUACUCCUAAA